AGUGAUCGAACCGAUCCCGUGAGGCAACUGUCAUGGGAGGAAAAAGCUCGUCGCGACAUGAUGACGUCACCAGUCCUGCGACAACUGGUCCUAAAAACAUCCGGUGUUGACACAUCUCACGACUUUGAUGAUCACUCACAACAAACAUCGCUGCUUAUCGAUCGGCCGCAGCCAAAUACUCAUCAAUCGAUACAAACUUCACCAAACAGUGAAAGAAAACGAAGUGAUCGAUGUGUUCAGUUCGCACCGAACUAUACUGAUCGAAUGACUUCACCAAUAUUCAAUCGAUCAAUGAAGGGAAUAUUUGAGACGUCUAUUGCUGAGAUGUUGUGCCGGUCACAACAAACAUCUCAAGAUAUGGGUGAUAGACUGCCAGAAACCACUAAGGAGUUGAUAACGCGAGGUGUCGGACCGGAUGAGGAAUCUGAACUACUAAUCUUUACGCCAACAACAAAUCGAUAUAUUGAUUGCCUCUCUUAUCGACUUUACUGA